AUGAAAUUAGGAUAUAAUGAAAUAAUGAUAGUAUCAAUGUAUUUUAAUGAUAUUAUUGAUUUUAUUAAUUUAGAAAUUGGAGUUAAAAGAUUUCAAGGAAAUAUGGAACGAUUUCAUUUUAAUCCAAUUCCAUUAAAUCAUUAUUCAAGAAGAUUAUUUACUAAUAUUGAAACACUUCAUAUUUAUAAUGAAAGGGAUAGAGUGUUUAAUGAUGGAAAAAUAUUUAAAUAUGUAAUAUGGUAUAAAGUAGAAUAUUUAACAUAUUUAGAAGAAAAAGGUCAAUGGGAUAUAUAUAAAAAUAUAAUAUACACAUAUAAAAAUAGAGAAAUAUUUGGAGCUAUAAUACCACUGGAAGCUAAAUCACUUGGACAUGAAUGUUUUUAUGAAUGUUAUGAUGUUCAAGAAAUUACUAUACCAUCAUCAGUUAGUGAAAUAGGAUAUAGUUGUUUUAAUGGAUGUACAUCAUUAACAUCAAUUAUUAUACCACCAUCAAUAAGGGAAUUCAAAGUUAAUUGUUUUUGUGAAUGUUGUUCAUUAAAAUCAAUUAAUAUACCAUCAUCAGCUAGUAAAUUGGAUAAUAAAUGUUUUUCAGGAUGUUCAUCAUUAACAUCUAUUACUAUACCUUCAUCAAUUAAAGACAUAGGGACUGAUUGUUUUUCAGGAUGUUCGUCAUUAAAAUCAAUUAAUAUACCUUCAUCUAUUACUAAAUUAGGAGAUGAAUGUCUUAGUGGGUGUAUAUCAUUAACAUCGAUGAAUAUAGAUAAUUUACAAUUUAUUAGUGAAGAAAAAAUAUUUAUAAAUGAGCCAGUGUUAAUUAGUAUGAAAAUACCAAAACCCAUACAAAUGAUCAAUGGAAAAAGAGCUGAAAAGAAAGACAUUAAUAAAUUUAUUAUUCCAUCUUCAAUUUACUAA